CCUUUCCACCUCCACCUCGCUGAUGCCUCUGCAAAAAGCAGAGCCAAGGCGCCUCAGUUAGCAGCAUGUCUCGUCGGAAGCAAGCGAAGCCGCAGCAUCUCAAGUCGGACGAAGAGCUGCAAGCGGAGGUAGUUUCUGAGCACGCAGUUCCAGGAGAAGGAGCAGACGAUGGUGACAGCGGGAACGAAAGCCGGAGCGGAAGCGAGGAAACCAACGUUUGCGAAAAAUGCUGUGCGGAGUUCUUCAAGUGGACGGACUUUCUGGAGCACAAGAAGAGCUGCACUAAAAACCCGCUGGUGCUGAUCGUGAACGAAGAUGAAGCAGCUCCACCGCCUGCGGACGACUUCCCGGAGCCAUCGCCUGCCAGCUCGCCCAGUGACCAGGCAGAGAGCGAAGCUGCUGAGGAAAGCGCCCAGCCAGAAAACAGUGAAAGCUGUGAGGUAAAAAACACGGAAAAGGAAGAGGAGCCGAUGGAGGUAGAAACUUCUGCGGAGGAGAGUUUCCAGAAUCAAGGCACCUCAAACACAGCUACUCCUCUACCUCAGAUCCCCGAACCAUCUUCCAUGACAAGCUACACCAUGCCAAGCACUAAUGUCACACUAGAGACUCUGCUGAGCACAAAGGUGGCAGUUGCUCAGUUCUCGCAGAGCACGAGGACCGCCGCCUCGGCGAGCAUCGGUGGCGGCGUCACUGCCGUGGCCAUCCCCAUGAUCCUGGAGCAGCUCAUGGCGCUGCAGCAGCAGCAGAUUCACCAGCUGCAGCUGAUCGAGCAGAUCCGCAGUCAGGUGGCGAUGAUGAACCGUCAGCCGCUACGGCCCUCUCUGAAUCCGGUGAUCGCCACCCAGGGCGCUCACGUGCAAGCGGCCAGCCAGCUGCAGGGGUUUGCCGCCGGCGCUGCGGUUCCGCUUGCUGCCAUCAUUCCCUCUGCCAUCGCGGGACAGGUUGCCAGCAGCCAGCCCUCUGCCUUCGAUGCUUCUCAGCACAUCUCCAGACCUACGUCCGGAGCAAGUACGCCCAAUAUAUCCAGCAACGUCUCUUUGGCCCAACCGGAAUCAAGCGUGUCCUCCUCCUCCAAUGCAAUUACAUCCAUAACUCCUGUCUCCAUAUCUACUAACAGUGCUUCGCAGCCCCAGAAUGCUUCAACUCCACCUUCACUAGGACAUGGAGGCCUCACCUCAGUUUCCAGCCUGCCAAACCCUCUUCUACCUCAGACUUCAUCAAAUAGCGUUAUCUUCCCCAAUCCACUGGUUAGCAUUGCCGCAACAGCUAAUGCGUUAGAUCCUCUGUCUGCUCUCAUGAAGCAUCGCAAAGGAAAACCACCGAACGUGUCCGUGUUUGAGCCCAAGUCAAGUUCUGAGGAUCCCUUUUUUAAACAUAAAUGUCGUUUUUGUGCCAAGGUCUUUGGAAGUGACAGUGCUUUACAAAUACACCUCCGCUCGCAUACAGGGGAGAGACCUUUCAAAUGUAACAUAUGCGGAAACCGCUUUUCCACAAAGGGCAACCUGAAAGUUCAUUUUCAGAGGCACAAAGAAAAAUACCCUCAUAUUCAGAUGAACCCAUAUCCCGUUCCAGAAUACCUCGAUAAUGUGCCCACUUGCUCUGGAAUCCCCUAUGGAAUGUCACUGCCCCCGGAAAAGCCAGUCACAACGUGGUUAGAUAGCAAACCUGUUUUACCAACUGUCCCAACUUCCAUUGGGCUCCAGCUGCCUCCCACUAUACCUGGCGUAAACAGUUACGGAGAUUCUCCAAGUAUUACUCCUAUGAGCAGGUCACCCCAGAGGCCUUCUCCUGCCUCCAGCGAAUGCACUUCUUUGUCCCCGAGCCUAAACAAUUCUGAAUCAGGUAUUCCUGUGUCUGCUGAAUCGCCGCAGCCAAUUCAGAGUGGCUCCUCCCUGACUAAAGCAGAACCUGUCAGUCUGCCUCCCACAAACACGCGGCUCGGAGACCUUGCUGUAGGUGGGCAAGUUUCCACAGCUUCCACAUCUUCAAUUCCUACUGCUGUUACGGACAGCAGUGUUUCAACGAGUCUCCCAAACCCUGUGCUUCCAGUAAUGUCUGACCAGUUUAAGGCAAAGUUUCCAUUCGGUGGUCUGCUAGACUCUAUGCAAACAUCAGAAACCUCAAAACUACAACAGCUAGUAGAGAACAUUGAUAAGAAGAUGACAGAUCCAAAUCAAUGCGUCAUUUGUCACCGUGUGCUUAGUUGUCAGAGUGCUCUCAAGAUGCAUUACAGAACGCAUACAGGAGAAAGACCAUUUAAAUGCAAAAUUUGUGGACGUGCCUUUACUACAAAAGGCAAUCUGAAAACGCAUUUUGGAGUUCAUCGAGCGAAGCCACCACUUAGGGUACAGCACUCGUGUCCCAUUUGUCAGAAGAAAUUUACAAAUGCGGUUGUUCUUCAGCAGCAUAUUCGUAUGCAUAUGGGGGGGCAAAUUCCAAACACGCCACUACCAGAGGGCUUCCAAGAUGCCAUGGACUCAGAACUUUCCUACGAUGAGAAGAAUGUUGACACGCUCAGCAACUUCGAUGAUGAUAUUGAUGAGAAUUCCAUGGAAGAGGACCCAGACUUAAAGGACACAGCAAGCGACUCGUCCAAACCCCUUAUUUCUUAUUCUGGGUCAUGUCCUUCUUCACCACCUUCUGUGAUUUCCAGUAUAGCUGCUUUGGAGAAUCAAAUGAAAAUGAUUGACUCUGUCAUGAACUGUCAGCAGCUGACCAGUUUAAAAUCCAUGGAGAAUGGAUCAGGGGAAAGUGACCAUUUGAGCAAUGACUCCUCAUCGGCCGUUGGUGAUCUUGAAAGCCAGAGUGCAGGGAGCCCUGCAAUGUCAGAAUCUUCUUCCUCCAUGCAAGCUUUGUCUCCUGUAAAUAGCAAUAGUGAAAGUUUCCGAUCAAAAUCCCCAGGUCUUAGCAACCAGGAAGAACCGCAAGAAAUACAAUUAAAGACAGAAAAACCAGACAGUCCACCACCCACAACUGAAAAUGGAGGUGCGUUAGAUCUGACAUCCACCAACCCGGGAAGACCAGUCAUCAAAGAGGAGGCUCCUUUUAGCCUGCUGUUCCUGAACAGAGAACGUGGUAAGUUUAAAAGUACUGUUUGUAAUAUCUGUGGCAAGCCUUUUGCUUGUAAGAGUGCAUUGGAAAUUCACUACCGCAGCCAUACUAAAGAACGUCCAUUUAUUUGUACAGUCUGCAAUCGUGGGUGUUCCACUAUGGGUAAUUUAAAACAGCACUUACUGACGCACAAAUUAAAAGAGCUGCCUUCUCAGUUAUUUGAACCCAACUUUACUCUAGGUCCCAGCCAAAGUACUCCUAGCCUGGUCACCAGUACAGCGCCUACCAUGAUCAAAAUGGAAGUGAAUGGUCACAGCAAGCCGAUCUCUUUGGGUGAGGUCCCCUCGCUUCCAGCUGGAAUCCAGGUUCCUGCUGCACCACAGACAGUGAUGAGUCCAGGAAUCACCCCCAUGCUGGCACCCCCCCCACGCCGGACUCCCAAGCAGCACAACUGCCAGUCGUGCGGGAAGACCUUCUCCUCAGCAAGUGCACUGCAGAUACAUGAACGCACCCAUACCGGUGAAAAACCGUUUGGUUGCACAAUCUGUGGUAGAGCUUUUACCACAAAGGGGAAUCUUAAGGUUCACAUGGGAACUCAUAUGUGGAAUAACGCCCCUGCAAGACGCGGUCGCCGGCUCUCUGUGGAAAACCCUAUGGCUUUGCUCGGUGGCGAUGCUCUGAAGUUCUCUGAAAUGUUCCAGAAGGAUCUGGCAGCUCGGGCCAUGAACGUUGAUCCCAAUUUUUGGAACCAAUAUGCUGCAGCUAUCACUAAUGGACUUGCUAUGAAGAACAAUGAGAUUUCUGUCAUACAGAACGGAGGCAUUCCCCAGCUCCCAGUAAGUUUAGGCGGAGGUGCCAUCCCGCCUUUAAGUAACAUUACCAGUGGCAUGGACAAAGCUCGCACUGGCAGCAGCCCUCCCAUUGUUGGUUUGGACAAAGCAAGUUCUGAAACUGGAGCCAGUCGUCCAUUCACCAGAUUUAUUGAGGAUAAUAAAGAGAUUGGCAUAAAUUAAAAGAAUUCAUUACAAAUAACUGUUGGACCACUACUCAACACAACUUUUGUUCUGUUUCCUGUACAGCUGUUAAAGCUAAGCAUUAGUUUCCUGACCUAAAUGCAUAGGUUCCCUUUACAGUUUUACCCAUAGCAGAAAUACGUAACUUUGUGGCUGCUGAAAAGUUGUCUUGCAAGAUCUGCAUGGUACUUCUUUCAACAGUGAGUUUGACUGUUACUGAGAACUUUGAAACCUUUUAAUUUAACAGAAACAAACAAAAAAAAUCAUUGGAUAACUUCAUUAAAAACAAAAAGAGGCUAGACUACGUCCACUUUGCUUCUUACAAAACUUACUCUCAACUGAGAAAGGGGGGCUUCAUUACAGCAUUCUGCCACACUUAUUUGCUGGUUUUGUUCAAAUUAGUUAGCAACCUGGACUAUGUUUUUAGGAAUCUUAAUCUUAAAUAAGUGAUUUUAGUACCCCAAUGCUGUGUAUUAUUACAGUAUCCUUGUCUGUAGUAUUUAUAAUGUUAAGAUUAUGCGGGUAACAGACAAUAUACUAGCCCCAAACUUAAAUGAAGCUUUUGUACUGCAAAA